CGCGCACGGGAGGCGCGCCCCGGGCCGCCCGCGCCCUCCCAGCUCCCCCACCAGUGCACGAGUUUACCUCUAGAGGUCAUCAGGCAGGAUUUACGACUGGACAACAAAAGCACGUGAUGUGAAGCCGUACCCCAUAUUUGGGUGCCUACGUAGGAGGGAACCAAGUACAUGUCCCAGUCAUUUCCAUAAUUCAUCAUAAAUUGUGCAAGGGUGCUAUAGACGCACAAAACGACCAAGAGCCACAAAUCAAGCACACAUAUCAAAAAACAAAUGAGCUCUUAUUUUGUAAACUCAUUUUGCGGUCGCUAUCCAAAUGGCCCGGACUACCAGUUACAUAAUUAUGGAGAUCACAGCUCGGUGAGCGAGCAAUACAGGGACUCCGCCAGCAUGCACUCCGGCAGGUACGGAUACGGCUACAAUGGCAUGGACCUCAGCGUCGGGCGCUCUGCUUCCACUCACUUUGGUGCCAAUGAGAGACCCCGCAGUUACCCGGCCAACACCACCUCUGCCUCGACAGAGCCCAGGUACAACCAGCCCGCGACGUCUUCCCACUCGCCUCCCCCUGACCCUCUGCCCUGCACCGCCGUGGCCGGUUCGCCUGUCAGCGAGAGUCACCACGGGGUGAAAAACUCCCUCGCCAACUCCACCAGCACUUCGUCCAAUUCCAGCAGCAACACGCACAUCAGCAGAGACGGGGUUGGCACCUCGUCUGGGACUGAGGAAGACACUCCAGCAAGCAGCGAGCAGGCAAGUGCCCCGACCGACCAAAGCACAGCCCAGCCUUCACAGCCCCAGAUCUACCCCUGGAUGCGAAAACUGCACAUAAGUCAUGACAACAUAGGGGGACCAGAAGGGAAAAGGGCUCGGACUGCUUACACCCGCUAUCAGACCUUGGAGCUCGAAAAGGAAUUUCACUUCAAUAGAUACCUGACCCGCAGAAGAAGGAUUGAAAUAGCACAUGCUCUUUGCCUCUCAGAGAGACAAAUAAAGAUCUGGUUCCAAAACAGGAGAAUGAAAUGGAAAAAGGAUAAUAAGCUGAAAAGUAUGAGCAUGGCAGCUGCAGGAGGGGCAUUCCGUCCCUAAGCGUUUGAUCAAUUAAAAGUACUGAGCAGUAUUAGCUGACCCUGCGUCGUCUCAUGUCAGUACUAAGUUGACUUUCUAAAACUUCCUUGUGUUACUUCUGUGAAGAAACCCUGUUCUUGUCGCCCUUAUUCAUCUUUUAAUCAUGAGCCUGUUUAUUACCAUUCUCUCGCGUGUAUAAGUAGAUCUGCUUUUAUCGUACAUUUCUUUGUCUUGAAUGGCUUUGUCUUGAAAAAAAUAAUAGAUGUUUUAACUUAUUUAUAUGAAGCGAGCUGUGUUACUUGAAGUAACUGUUAAAACAAAACAAAACUAAACAAAAAAGAACAAAAAGGGAAAAAAAAAGAAGUUAAAAAAAAAAGGAGAGAGAGAAAGGAAACCCUCCCCCGGUUUAGUACAAAUGUUAUGUGUUGCACUCAACCUGCUUAACUGUGCAUGUGUGGUCAAGUGUUAAUGUCUGUAUAGCUCCAAGCUGUUAAAAAUAUUUUUAUUCAAACUACCUAUAUAAUUCCUGUGUAAUUAAUGCUGUUGUAGAGGUGAAAUGAUGAAAUCAACUGAACUUGUCCUACGUGUAGUGAAUAGUGAAUCUGUGACGAAAACUGUGAUUCCAAGCAGUAUGUCCUUGCUGUGCCUUUGUAUAUGACUCUUUGCACGAACUCUUAGAAGUGGCUCUUAUUAAGCGCAGCUUCUGUGAUGUAUGUUUUUUGUGAACAAAGUUACAAAUAUAGUCAAAGUCUGGCUGUUUGAGCAAACUGUG